AUGACUGUCAGAACUGUGCCCAGGAAGGUUGAACUUGUUCCGGUUGGGAUCGAAGGACACCGAUACGAAUUGCUCUCCUUGAUCUCCUGGGUGAAUUUGAUGUGGGGAUCCUAUGAUCCCACGCGACCAUAUUUCGACGGCUUCGAAAGUAACUGGAUCUUGCCUGGCCGCGCACUGGCCCAGCUUGGGGCCAAAAUUGCCAACCUUUGCCCGUCUUUUCGUCUCCUGCCCAUAAUCAUAUUGAAGAGCAUGGAAUUCAUAGCGCGGGCUCGUCGCGCCAACUACCGGAAUUGGCUUCUUAGUCGCCAGCCCAUCCCCUGUGCUAUCGAGCUUGACGGCAGCCCUGAGAGAUUUGCAGAUUUCUCCUCCUCGAAGCACAAGUCUGUCGACACGGAAAAUCAUGUCCACCAUUUGUAUGGUGCGAUUCGCACUCAGAGUGUGACUCGCAUAGUGGAGGAUGGUGUUCGGGGCACUAUCCACCAGGAUGACUAUGCCGCCUUGCUCCGACGUUUCCCGGCCCAGAUACUCUCAGCAUUCCCCCGUGGCUUCCAGUAA